GUUCCAGGCUCGGCCACUCCCCCAGGCUUUGUUGGGGCUUCCCCCUCCUCUGCGAGCAUUAAAGACUCCGCGGCCGCGUCGGACGCCUUCAAUGCGGCCACCCGUCUCUGCCCCAUCAUCACCAUCCCCCCUCGCCCAUCCUGGCUCGUCAAUGCGGCGUCAGGAGGCGUCCUUGCGCCGCGGCCUGUCCCGUCUGCUCCUAGGGAGGAGGAGGGCUGGACUUUCGUGCAGUGGCAGCGCCGCCCCCGACGGGACGUGCCUUCAAGCCGGGCGUCUGCCGUCUCGUCCAAUCCCGCGCCGGGCGGCCUCGACGAGCAACGCCGAGCCAGCUUCAUCCGCUUCAAAAAGCACAUGGAGGGGCGCUGCUCUCGCUGUCUCGCCCCCAAACAUCAUCGCUCCUCUGCCUGUCGCGACCCUGUGCGCUGCCUCUCCCGCAACCUCUCGGCCCACAUCGAGCGCUGGUGCCCCCUGCGGCGUGCGUCAAAGCUGCGUCCAGCCUCCCCGCCUGCGGCCCCUCCACUGCGUUGCUUGCCCGCAGCUUCGGGCGUGCGUUCCUGGGCUAAUGUUGUCGCCUCUCCGUCCGCUCCCCCUCCCCGCGCUAGGAUGGCUCACGCUUCCGCCGGCAUCGGGGCGCCGGAUGCCCGCCCCGAGGAGGACUCGUGCUUCAUCCCGUCCUCAUUCGACAUGGACCGCGACAUGCUUGAGUGGGAACAGACGGCGGCCAUCGCGUGGGCCAUCAACGCACCGCGGCGGCUCGUCGCGUUGGACGUCGACCGUGCCAUUCGGAAGCAAUUCCGGCUCAGACACGGGGACAUGGCCGUCACCCCGUACCACCCGAUGGAAUUCCUCUUCAAGUUCGAGCACAAGGCCCAGUGUGACGCGGCGCUUGCCGCGGGUCGCGUGCGUGCUGCCGGCGCCAUCGUCCACAUCAGGCCCUGGCGUCCCCUGGAGCGCGCGUUCGGGGCCGCCCUCAACUACCGAGUGCACCUGUGCUUGGAGAACGUCCCUGACUACGCGUGGACGCCGUACGUCGCCGAGCGCAUCAUCGGCCGGUGCUGCUCCCUGGAUUACCUCGAGGACCACUCCGCGCUCCGGACAAACUCCAAGAUGCUCGACCUCUGGGCCUGGACUGCAGACCCAAACCUCAUCCCCAAGGUCAUCUGGCUAACAUUCACCACCCGUCCUUCCGGCGGCCUGAAGGUGUUCGCCAAUGUGGCGAGGCCGUCUGGUUGCAAGCAUGGCGCAACCUUCUGGGUGCCGGUCCACUUGGACAUGGUGGAGGACCACUCCAAUGCUCCCCUGGACUGCUACACCUCUGACGGUCGCGCCAAGGCGUUCAGCCCUCCCCAGGCUGCCGCUGGAGUGGCACAUGGAGUGCGUCGACGGUGUUCCGCCGCCUCUUGGAGCCACCCUCGCCCUCCCUGACGUGGGAGGCAGCUCACGGGCUGCUGCACCGCGUCGCCGUGACCGGGGCAUGGACGACCACCCCUAAUGGAUGCCGCGGCGCCGGGAUGACGGCGACGACUUCGACGACGACUGGCGUGGCGGUGGCGGCCAGG